AUGUCCGACGACACUGCCCGGAGCCCUGCGCCUGCCCAGUCGCUCCAGCAUGCCGACGAGCCCGCGCCGAGCGACCGCGCCAGCGGCCAGGCCUCCGACGACAGGAGCCCUCGGGAAACCGCAAAAGUUUCGGCGUCCGGCAGCACCACACCCGGCGAGAGCACCGCGGUCGACGACAAGUCCGCUGAAGCAGACACGCCGCCGGAUGUGAGGAGCCCGAAGGACGACGACGACGACGCUGCCGAGGCUACCCCAGCAGCGAAGAAGCGCAAGCGCAGCCCUGACCCCGAGUCAUCGGACCAUCCCGAAUCCGCAGACCCUGCUGCCACCGCCAGCGAUGCCCCUCCGCUGCCCACCGACGAGGUCCCGCCUCCUCUGCCAGACGAAGAGCCUCCAGCGCAGCAGGAUGACGGCUGGGAGGCCCUCUGGGACCAAACCGUUGCCGCUUACUACUUUUACAACCGACACACGGGCGUCACUCAAUGGGAGAACCCGCGUGUGCCGGAAGCUUCCUCGUCCGCAGCACCGGCGGUACCUGCACUGCCCGCAAUGCCUGCAGUGCCUGCGGCGCCAGGUACGACGGGCUACGGCAGCAGCAGCCUGGGCUCGCCACCUCGCAAGCGUGGAGGUGGCUACAAUCCGGCCAUCCAUGGUGACUUCGACCCCAACGCCGACUACGCGCAGGACUAUCUAGAGGAAGAAGCCGAGGCUGUCGUCGACCCUGAGGCUGCCGCUGCUCUGCACGCUGCUGCACUGGGGGGAGAUGCUUACGCACAAACCGGCAGCUUCAAUCGCUUCACUGGCCGGUUCCAAGCCGGCGAUGUUGGGCCCGAGCAGCACAACGACGAAAACAAGAGCAAACGACAGCUCAAUGCUUAUUUUGAUGUGGAUGCCGCCGCCAAUAGCCAUGACGGGAGGAGUUUGAGGGCCGAGCGGCAAAAUAAGAGGCUUUCCAAGAAGGAGCUCCAAGCGUUCAAGGCAAAGGCCGCGAAGAAGAAGGAAGAGAAGAGGCGCGCAUGGCUCAGGGACUAG